UAAUUGUUAAAGCUUUUCUAAACAUAAACCCUAGCUAGCUUCCUCUCCCUUUAUUCCCGCCCCUUUUUCCUUUCUCUCUCUCUCUCUCUCUCUCUCUCUCUCCUUCCUCACUUUCUUCCCAACCCAAACGCGACUCUGCUCUCCCAUAUAUCCACCCAAAACUCUUGAAAACCGAUUCAAGCCGUCAUCUUGUUCAGUCCUUCAUCUCUCUCAAUUUUCUUCAAACUUCAACCUCUCAAUCCCUCCUAUAACCUCCCAAGCUUCCAGGUCCACUAGCCAUGUCCACCGGCCUCAAAGCAAACACAGAGCUUGCUCUUGGCUUUGCCUCUUCUUCAAGACCCUCUUAUUUGAAACCCAACUACACCCAUACCCAGCUAUCCAGAUUGCCGUCCGGGUCUCUCUCCAACAACUUCUCCGGCCUCUCUAUGGCUUCGUCAAGUGGAGUUUCCCAGAGCAAACGCGUAUGCUCACUUUCGAAGAAUGAUUCUGGUGAAAGCUCUCAUCAAAAUGAUGGUCUGACGUAUAAGGGUGCUGGUGUUGAUAUAGACGCUGGCUCAGAACUUGUUCGACGAAUUGCCAAGAUGGCUCCUGGGAUUGGAGGCUUUGGAGGUCUUUUCCCCCUCGGUGAUUCAUAUCUCGUUGCUGGUACUGAUGGUGUGGGAACUAAACUUAAGCUUGCAUUUGAUACCGGAAUUCAUGAGACCAUUGGUAUUGAUUUGGUUGCUAUGAGUGUCAAUGAUAUUGUCACUUCUGGAGCAAAGCCAUUAUUUUUCCUUGAUUACUUUGCUACAAGCCGCCUUGAUGUUGAUCUGGCUGAAAAGGUUAUCAAGGGAAUUGUCGAUGGUUGCCAACAAUCUGACUGUGCUCUUUUAGGUGGAGAGACUGCCGAGAUGCCGGGUUUCUAUGCAGAGGGUGAGUAUGACCUCAGUGGUUUUGCGGUUGGAAUUGUGAAGAAGGAAUCAGUGAUUGAUGGGAAAAACAUUUUGGCUGGAGAUGUCCUCAUUGGCCUACCAUCCAGUGGGGUUCAUUCCAAUGGUUUCUCUCUUGUAAGAAGGGUUCUAGCUCAUAGCGGGUUGUCUCUGAAGGACCAACUACCGGGUAGCUCUGUUAUCGUGGGUGAAGCUUUGAUGGCCCCCACAGUGAUAUAUGUUAAGCAGGUGCUUGACAUAAUUAGCAAGGGAGGUGUGAAGGGGGUAGCCCACAUCACAGGAGGUGGUUUCACUGACAAUAUACCUAGAGUAUUUCCAAAAGGCCUAGGAGCAGUCAUCUAUAAAGAUUCAUGGGAAGUCCCAGCUGUUUUCAAAUGGAUCCAAGAGGCUGGAAGAGUAGAAGAUGCUGAAAUGAGAAGAACUUUUAAUAUGGGUAUUGGGAUGGUUCUUGUUGUGAGUAAGGAGGCAUCCCACAGAAUACUUGAAGAUGGACAUGGAGCUUACUGCAUUGGCGAGGUUAUAACUGGUGAAGGAGUGAGUUAUAGAUGACAACUCGAUCUGUCUUUAUGUUCCUUUUUGAACCCAUUUGACAAGCUGAGAUGCAAGCUACUGCAGCUUGUUUUUGCUGUUAUUUUUGUAUCUUGAUAUUCACAGUUUCGGAGGAAUUUGUUAGUGUAUUGUAGGGCUCUAAGUUAUGAGUUCCCUUGUUCCAAUCUAUGCCCAACUUUUGUAUCAA